AUGAAACAGGUCCCAGGUGCGCCCCAUGGAGAGCUGCUCGCCCUCCCGCCCCCGAGCCCACUCCUCCCGCUUUCCUCCAUUCUCCAGGCCUUUGCUUCCAGCCUCUCAGGCUCCCUGGCGACCCACGCAGUCCUGCUGGGCAUAGGGGUGGGAAAUGCCAGCGCCUCCGUGUCGGCCGCCACCGCCACUUGGCUGCUGAAAGAUUCAACUGGCAUGCUGGGCCGCAUCAUCUUUGCCUGGUGGAAGGGGAGCAAACUGGACUGUAAUGCCAAGCAGUGGAGGCUUUUUGCUGACAUCCUCAACGAUAUAGCCAUGUUCCUCGAGAUUAUGGCUCCCGUAUUACCAAUCUGUUUCACCAUGACCGUCUGCAUCAGCAAUCUGGCCAAGUGCAUUGUGAGCGUGGCUGGCGGGGCCACUCGGGCUGCACUGACCAUGCACCAGGCCCGGAGAAACAACAUGGCCGACGUGUCAGCCAAGGACGGCAGCCAGGAGACACUGGUAAACCUGGCAGGGCUCCUGGUCAGCCUCCUGAUGCUUCCCCUGGUGUCAGAUUGCCCUAGCUUCAGCCUUGGUUGUUUCUUCCUCCUCACUGCCCUCCACAUCUACGCCAACUACCGGGCCGUCCGAGCCCUUGUCAUAGAGACCUUGAACGAAGGCCGGCUCUGGCUGGUCCUGAAGCACUUCCUUCAGAGGGGAGAGGUGCUUGACCCCACCUCAGCCAAUCAGAUGGAGCCGCUGUGGACAGGUUUCUGGCCGUCUCUGUCUCUGUCCUUGGGGGUCCCCCUACAUCGCUUGGUUUCCAGUGUCGUUGAGCUGCAGCAACUGGCUGAGGGACACCAAGAGCCUUACCUCCUUCGCUGGGACCAGUCUCAAAAUCAGGUACAGGUCGUGCUGAGCCAGGUGGCAGGCCCUGAGACCGUCCUAAGGGCCGCCACACACGGGCUGGUGCUCGGCGCCCUGCGGGAAGACGGGCCCCUCCCAAGAGAGCUGGGCGAGCUGAGGAGCCAGGUGCGGGCAGGCCCCAACACAGAGAGCUGGGUCAUCGUCAAGGAGACACACCAGGUGCUGGACAAGCUUUUCCCAGAGUUCUUGAGAGGGCUGCAGGAUGCGGGCUGGGACACUGAGAAGCACCAGCUGGAGGUGGAUGAGUGGAGGGCCACAUGGCUCCUGUCUCCAGAAAAGAAGGUCUUGUGAGCAGCCCAGAUGGAGGCCAGACCCCCGGCUCGGAGCCUGAAGCAAGAACAUUGGCUGCAGCAGGAUGUGGGAAAGGCAGCUUUAUUUUUCACGGGGAAACUGCUGUGGCAGGUCAGCCAGGGCCUCAGGAGGUAACUGCCUGCCAGAUGGCUUGGGCCCCAGGCAGGGACAAGGUAGAGAGAAGGGGAAUCAUGGCCUUC